AUGACCGGCAUGGUUCAGACUGACCUAGCUCAUCCCACUGCACCCAAGUACAAGGACGAGCCCGUCGACGAUCCGCAUCGGCAUCCAGGCCCGCAACCUCCUCAUCUUCAGCAUCCCAGGCCAACAACACUUGUCCAACCACAGAAGCAACCAGGCUCGCCACACCAGCCACCCACUACAUUACCCCCCGGUUCAUACGCACCUCACGCGCUAGGUAACGGAGUCUUACAUCACCAGCAUCCUUACGGCCCGCCAUCUGAGCCAUCGUAUUAUUCAUCUCAUUCUUCUUACAGUACCGCCAGUGCACCAAGCCAGUACUCGUCGAGUGGUCCGCCUGAGAUAAUGGCUACCGCCACGCAAAUGCAACGGCCAUACCCUCCGAUAUAUCAUACCCCUCAGUCCAGCUCUCCUGCCUCGGUAGCCUCUCAGACACAUGAACAGCAUAAUCGAAGUCUAUAUACUCAAUCGCCUCAAAUGACAUCGCAAAUGUAUGGCUAUCAGCCAUACUCGCCUAUCAACCCGGUGCAGCCACCGCCAUAUGGCUCGAAUACAUCCCCCCAACAACAUCCCCUCACGUCACAGUCGUUGAUGAUGCCUCAUCCCACAAGCUCCGCGCAGUUGCCACAUCACUCUGCACAGGCUUCAACCGGAAACAUGUCGAGCAGCCCGAAUACUGCGACGGCGCAACAGCCAACGCCGCCCCAGAGGACCAUGCUGAACCCACCCCAUCCUACCUCCACAGGCGCACCUAUAUCGGCUAGUGCUGUUCACCAUCAAAGCUCCAAUGUCGGGGCCAGUUCCAGCGCGGCACCCGGUCCAAUUCCCGCUACGACGCCCCUGGUGGUACGACAAGAUAGCAAUGGAGUACAGUGGAUUGCUUUUGAGUACUCCCGGGACCGUGUGAAAAUGGAGUAUACUAUCCGGUGCGACGUUGAAUCGGUUAAUGUGGAUAAUCUUAGCCAGGAGUUCAAGACCGAGAACUGCGUGUACCCUCGAGCCUGCUGCAGCAAGGACCAAUACCGCGGCAACCGGUUGGUCUACGAGACAGAGUGUAAUGCCGUCGGAUGGGCUUUGGCGGAGCUCAAUCCCGCAUUGAGAGGCAAACGGGGUCUGAUUCAACGUGCGGUUGAUAGUUGGAGGAACAGCAACCAAGACCCUCGGCUUCGGAGCCGGCGCGUGAGAAGGAUGGCUAAAAUGAACAAGCGGCAGGGAAUCCCAGUGCAACCCCCUCAUAUGGCCCCCUCUACUCCUGUUGCCCCGGGGGUUCCGAGUGCCAGCAUGCCCGCUCCUGCUUCCCGCCCCAGCCUGGGACCACUGCCCAUGGGCCCGCCACAGCUCCACCACCACCACGCUCAACCCGAAGGAAGUACAGGCCAUGAAGAAGUUAGCGGUACCACUGACUUUACGAACGGUACCAGUCGUCCACCGGCCCCGGAUGGCCUUCCUCAACCCGGCCCGUCACCAACGGACAUCCGCACGGCGCAGGUGUUCCAUGGCUAUCCGUCCUACCCGACUCCCGCGAGUGCUUCGGGGGGACCGCGAGGACCGUCGAUACCACCACUGCUUCGAGAUAGUGGGAUCGGAUCUCUUGGACGUCACCCGACCAUCGCAACAUCCUCGAACCGAAUCGAGGAAGUGGACGACGACGAUGAUGAGCGCAACCCAAGCAACGAUGCCCUGUUCGGAACCCUUCCCGAGGGUAAACGCCGCAAGUUUAUCCUGGUGGACGACAACCAGCGGGGCUGUCGCGUCCGUGUCAAGGUGAUGUUGGACCAGGUUGAUAUGGACGAAAUUCCGGACUCCUACCGCCUGUCCAACUCGGUAUAUCCUCGGACGUACUUCCCUGUUCAGAUGAGAGACCCCCCAGGGCGAGUCUUACCCGGCAAUCGGUACAUCAAGGACCACGUCGGGGCUGCUGAUGAUGAUGACAAUGAUGAGAGCUCGACGAUUGGGAAGAUCAUGGUCCCGGCACCCCAGAUGGACGGGAAUGGUGAGAUUGCGGUUCCUAGGCUGUCGCGAGGCCGACGGAAGAGAGAAGUAAUUUUGAACGACCUGGGUUACCGAAUGAGCUGGAGCCAAAGUCGAGUAUUUGCGGGGCGGAUGUUGUUCCUGCAGCGAUCUCUUGACGCGUACCGGAACAAAAUGCGCAGUACGAUGCUGGCGGCGGGCCAGGAGCCGGCCUCCAUCCCCCGGCACUACGAGACCCGCGCGGGAAAACGACGAUUCCUCGAGCGUCGGCGGCGGGCGGCGGGGGCGCCGGUUCGGGGUGCCGGACUGUCUGCCUCGCAGCGCAGUGCUGAAGAAGUCGAGGCCUAA